AUGGCCCUCGGAAGCCAAUUUGUUGAACCAAAACACAUAUCUCAACUCUGCUGUUCUGGACCACCUUCGGUCCCGCAAAGAGAUACUGAACGAGUCCUGUCUAUCGAUCAAGGCCUGCACUGGGGCUCUGAUCCGAGCUUCUGUUAUCAUGGGUUUUCACGUCCGAUCGGAACAUGGACCGAAGAGCGAUUAACCCGGAACCUGAUGCGUAACCUGGCCAGCAUGUGUGGCAGUGUGAACAUCGCCUUUAGAGGUGAAUAUGAUGCCUCCGAUUAUCUUUUCCACACCGAAACCGAGACAUCUAGUUUGCUACCACCGACUGAGCUUGGAAUAAGCGAUUCGCAAACAUGGAAAAAAUCGCCAAGUCCACCUCCAGUAUCAGUUGCCUCUUCGUCAAGCACAUCUAGUUGUAUGGACCAAACUUCCAAGACAGCACCUCUCAGACGAAAGAGAAAGUGUGUUCAGAAGCCGGGACAGAAGCUUUGUCACUGCAGAUCUGAGAAGAAGAGAAGAGAGAUCAUUGCUCAAGGGUACCAAGAUCUAUCGCAGAUGGUGCCGGGCCUAGAAAGGAACGAUUUCACAAGAAAAUAUGUUUUAGAGGAGGCGGCCAACUACAUUGAGACAUUGAUUCAGGGGAAUGAGAGACUUCGCCAGACGUUGGGUGAAAUCCAAGAUCGGAAAGAUCAAGAUAUGUGGAACUUCAUAGCCUCCGGUCACAUCGAAGCCUGA